AUGCCCUCCUCAAAAACAGACACCGCGAUGCGGUUCCCAGCCAGCGAACACCAGCAACGACGGAUGUGGACCACCCAGGAUAAGAAGGCUGCAGCCAGAGCGCACAGCGAGCGUGGCAACAGCAUGGAGCAAUCCAAAAAGAGCACCACCUGGUCCCCGGAACAAAUGUUGGAAGCCCAUAUGAAUGCGGCCGGUAAUCCCGAGCCUGAUCCAGCGACCUUUGGCGAUGGCGCCAAGGCCAGAGCCAUGGGCAAAUCUGGCCACGUGGAUGAGGCCGACAUGUUUGAGGCUAUGAAUGCGGAUACGUCUCGGUUUGAAUAG